GUGACUUGUGACAUGUGUGUGACAUCUGACAUCCAUCCAUCAAAAUUUUCGGAAAGGACAAUUCCCAAUUUUUGAAUAAUUGAUACGGUUGAAAACCAAAAUCAUAGCAAAAUGUCCAGUGUGGUGAAUACUUUAGUGGAAAUGGGAUUUAGUAAGCAACAUGCUGAAAUAGCAGUAAAGCAAACAGGAAGUAGCGAUGUCCAAGUAGCUAUGGACUGGCUCUUAUCUCAUGAAGGGCAGCUCGAUAACAUGGUAUCGGAAGUGCCGCCAGAACAGACUGCCCCAGCCGAUACUGAAAAAACAGAUUGUUCUGAUCCAAAAGAGAAGAGCCCUUCACCGACUGCCUCUCAAGACUCUUCUUCAGCAGAAGCAAAGUCUUUUAGGUGCGAUGAUUGUGGCAAGCUAUUUAGGACCCAGGAUGAAGUCGAAUUUCACGCUGUCAAGUCAGGACAUGGAAACUUCUCGGAAUCAACAGAAGAGAAGAGGCCACUUAGUGAAGAAGAGAAGAAAGAACAGUUAGCAAAAAUUGAAGCUAAGCUACGGCAACGGAGGUUGGAGCGCGAAGCUAGAGAGAAAGAGGAAGCACUUAUGAGAGAGAAAAUUAGAAUCAAGUCUGGGAAAGAACUGCAGGAGGCAAAAAGGCGACAGGAAGAAUUAGAAAUGAAAAAAUUGAUGGAACAAAAAAGAAGAGAGAAGGAAGAAGAACGAUUAGCUAAGCAAAGAAUUAGGGAAAAAAUCGAACAGGACAAGAUCGCUCGCAAAGCGAAAUUCGGCGGUGGCAGUGCGCCAGCCGAACUAACCCCUACCGCACCCCCUGCGGCACCCACCCCCCCGUCGGCUACAGCCGCCUCCCCCAAGUCGUCGCCCUCCGAAGCCCGCCUCCAGAUCCGAUUGGCCGACGGCAGCCUCGUCCAACACACUUUCGGCGCCAAGGAGCCGCUCAGCGCUGUCCGGUUGUUCGUUGAGAUGAAAGCCGGCGCUGGUGCGCAGGGCGUGGUCAACCUUAUGACGAAUUUCCCAAAGAAGAUUUUCCAUGCUGAUGAUUAUGAGAAGCCGUUGGAGACGUUAGGUUUAGCUCCAAGUGCCACUUUGUUCGUUUCCAAGAGCACAUAACUAGUCAUAGCACGGACAUACCAAGCCUGGUAAAUCGUCGGCCAUUUACAAGAUUGGUUUGAAAUAUGUUACAACUGCUAUUUAUAUUGUAAGUUUUUUUCUUAUAUACGAUAACCCUUUUUUCUGUUGACGGUAAUUUUAAAAUAAAUAGCUGUUGGGAGUUUUCUACAUAUUUAUAGGAGAAAAGUAUGUGUAAUAGUCAUAAUAAUAAAAUUAUGUUUAUAUUUUCUAAAAUUUAGUUGUGAGGUUGUAAAUGUGAAAUUGCUAUAACAAAUUAUACAUGGUGCCCUAGAAUAACAUGAUAAUAUCUCCUAUACAUAUAAAACAAAUAAAUAAUGCCACAUAAUCCUGUAGAAUAUAAAGCUGAAAUCCGUCAUUCCCUGAAAUGCCUAGUCGGUCCCCGUAUUGCCGGCAAAUACCGUAACAGUGAUUAUUACAACGUUUGACUAAGCAUUUCAGUCAUUCCCUGUAAUGACUGAACAAUUUCUGUCAAACACUGUAACAACCACAGUAACUUCGUUACUGCAUUCGCCUAUUUUAGUCAAGCGCUGUAAUCAAUACAGUGUUGCCCCAAUGAAGUACAUAAUAUAUAGUCAAAAUCACGAAAGAUGACUAUUUCGUCAUACCAUAAAUUGUACUGAAAUAAUCAAUGGACGUACGUCGAUGAUAAAAUCACGCUGUCAGGAACAUAAUGACAACAAAUUUAUAUUAUGACUUUGCGAAGUUAGGUUAUUUCACUGAUUAUUUUUAUUUUCAUUUUAUUUCAUGGUUUUGAGUGAUACCUUAAUAAUAAUUUUAGUGGGGAAUUUUUGUUUUGAAAAAAAAAACAGUUAUGAGUAGAAUACUUUAAGACAGGAACACCAAAGACCAAAGUAUUAUUCGAAAACAACCUAACCUGCUUUAACAUAACCUAACUAUUCAUCUUUCAAAUAUAAUCGAUGAUGCAACAUGAAAACAUCGCCUAUCUUUGUCGUAUACUUGCAAAUUAGCAAUACAGUUUGUUUCGACAAUAAAAUUCUUUUUGUCUCUGUCUAACAUAUCUGAAACUUCAUUAAAAAUAUUCACAAAUCGCUGUCGUUUUUCUUUACUACAGACUAAAAUGAUGACGUAAUCGUCAUCUUUCGUGAUUUCAACUAUAACAAGGUACUACAUUAUCCAUAAUAUUAAAAGCAUAAUAAUCAAGCAUGCGUUAAUGUAAAAGAAAAGAAGAAUAGAUUAAAGCUUUGUCUUUAUUAUUACAUUAUUAUGGACAUUAAUAAUUCAUUAGUGUAUUAAAUCAACAAGAAAUAUCCUGAGACUAUCGAAAGAGAUAUAAAACAAUACACAUUAAAAAAACAAAAUGCAGAACUGCGAGUAGUGGCAAGCGAAUAAAAGUUACAUAGAAUUAUCUUAUAUUUUAUAUCAAACAUUAUUUUUUGUUUUUUUUUUUCUCUAGAGUUAUACAUAUUCACAAUACCGCAGCAAUACUGAUGGGGAAACGUGCGUCGAUGACGUGUAUUCUUGAUAUAAAUAACUCCAGCGUGGACGAAUUAUAUAUUUUUUCAAUCUAGUAUUUAGUAUUUAUAUACGAAACACGGCAACAAUGGAUGCUGCUGUUGAGCAAGCCUAUGUACGUUAAAAUUUUGGGUUAGGUUCACGAAUUAUAAAAAUUUACUUACCUCAUUUAACUCAUUUGUAUUCCAUGGUUUGUUCUUAUUCACUCUGUCAUAGUAUUCACUUAGUUUCUUGUAAAACAAUUCUGAAUGCUGCGACAUCUUUACAAACACAGAAAAUACGAUUUGUAUACACAAGCAAAUGAACCCAAAACUGGUACAAUGAAUGACUGAAUCAGGUAAAUGCAGUAAUGAAGUUAAUGUGAUUGUUACGGUGUUCGACUAAAAUUGUUCAGUUAUUACAGGGAAUGACUGAAAUGGUUAGUCAAACGUUGUAAUAAUCAAACUGUUACGGCGUUUGCCGGCAAUACGGGGACUGACUAGGCAUUUUAGGGAAUGACCAAUUUCAGCGUUUGACGCCGACACUUUAUAUAUAUAUAUAACAAAAAUAGGAAAAUAAUGGUCAAAAUCCGCAAAAAGUGGAUUCGAGCAGAAAUAGGAUAGGUAACCCGAGCGAUACGUAUUUCUGCUGGUUGGCUUCAUCAGGUUAUUUGUCGCCUUGAAAAUUCGAGGUCUUCUAGCCAUUUUAUACUACAAUGUGUAGGUUGGCUCUUGUUGUGGACUUCGUGUGUCUUUUUUUCCUCUCCAUCUUCGUUUCCUCAGGGUACACCCGUUCCGGAUGUGUGGGCAUGUGUAUCUACUUUUGUAGUUGCAUAUGUGCAUUCAUUUCGGGCCUGAUGAAGUCAACCAGCAGAAAUACGUAUCGCUGGGGUUACCUAUCCUAUUUCUGCUGAAAUCCACUUUUUGCGGAUUUUGCCCAUUAUUUUCCUAUUUUUGUUAUAUACCUUUCUCCACAUGAUAAUUUUCUCUUUGUAGAUCCUUUGGGCUUGAAGUACCACAGCAAGUGGCCAUAACCGGCCGCGUGGUUGUGGUUAUUUGUCGCCUUGAAAAUUCGAGGUCUUCUAGCCAUUUUAUACUAUAAUGUGUAGGUUGGCUCUUGUUGUGGACUUCGUGUGUCUUUUUUUCCUCUCCAUCUUCGUUUCCUCAGGUUACACCCGUAUCCGGAUGUGUGGGCAUGUGUAUCUACUUUUGUAGUUGCAUAUGUGCAUUCAUUUCGGGCCUGAUGAAGCCAACCAGCAGAAAUACGUAUCGCUCGGGUUACCUAUCCUAUUUCUGCUCGAAUCCACUUUUUGCGGAUUUUGCCUAUUAUUUUCCUAUUUUUGUUAUAUACCUUUCUCCGCAUGAUAAUUUUCUAUAUAUAUAUAUAUAUAUAAUUUUAAUAUAAUUUUUUGUUGAGUACUCCAGCCCAUAAAUUUACGCCGAACUGACGUUGAAAGCUGUGUCGGCGAAUAGCGUGUGGAUUUUCCACGCUCCAUGAAUGUAAAUUGUGCAUGUUGAAUAUUCCAUUUAGGUUAAAGUUGGAUCCACCUGUCCGUAAGAUGCUGCCAAAAAAGUGUCAAGCUCUUCGCACCUUCUCAACAUAUUCUCACAAAAUUCAAUCCGUUGUGUAUAGUCGCUUGGAAGCAAUUCUUUUACUUUUUGUACAUGGUAAGGAUGCAUGUUCUCCGAGCCAAGUAUUGUAUGCACUGAAGUAUGAGAUAUGUUUCUGCUUCGAGCAAUAGCUCUGGUGCUUAUAGAGGGAUCUCUCUCGGCUGCGUCUCUUUCGAUUGAAUCCCAAAAAAGGGUUUUCUCAUUAUUUGUUGUCGAAUAAAAAGUUUUCCCACAAAAAUUGGUGUAUCCAUUUUAUGCAUCCAUAAUUUAAAUACCCUCUUGAACAACUUGCAUCAAUAAAACCAGACUUUACAAUUAUUUCGCAAAUUUGAUUAGACUAUACUUUGUAUUUUUUUAUCAGAGUUUUUUCCGUUUCUUCAUAAACUAUUAUUUCAUCUUCUCCUAGCUGAAUCGGCAUUUCUCAUUCUGUGGUAUUGUGACAUUCCAUCUGUUUUCACAUUUCUUUUUUUGUUUUUGUAUAACUUGUUUUUUUCAAGUUACUUUUGUUCUGAGUUAAAUGGUGGAAUAGCAUGUGCUAAAUGUGCAUGUAAUAUACGGUGUUUAGGACAAUAAAGACGAUUAUUAUUACUAUAUAUACGGGGCUACCUAAACGGAGGUACAGGACCAUAAAGGACGUCACUGGAAAUCCUUUUUUCUUUAAAAAUUUUUAAACGACAUUAUAGAAUUUGAGUGUAGGGAUCGAUCUAUACCGAUAGGGUGGCCAAAAUGUAACUGACUGGUUUGUAUCUUGAAUAUUUGUGAAAUGAAAUGAAUGAAAUUCGUCCAUUUUUUUCAUCUUAAUCGUUUAUUGAGACUUGUUGACAAGUUGGUCUAUCCUGCUCGAACCACAUGUUUUGCAAGUUAAAUUGUUUGAUUUGAGGAGUCAGAAAGUUUUGCACCAUAUCACGGUAGCACUCGCCAGUGACAAUAAGAGAAUUACUGCAGCGUCUUCAAAAAGUCCAAUGACACCUCCAUACCAAACACCGCACCAAAAUGUGACUUGACGAGAAUGUAGUGGUCGUUGAUGGAUGGCACGAGGGUUCUCUAAUGCCCAGAUAAGAUAAUUCUGCUUAUUAACAAAUUUGUUCAUAUCGAAGUAGGCUUCAUCGCUCAUUAUCAGUUGUCGGUAAAAAUCUUUUUUGUAUUAAGCUGCAAUGUUGCAUGACUGUAUUGUUGGCUACUUUCAUGGUCACUAGGCUGUAGUUCUUGGAUUAACUGAAUUUUGUAUGGCCGCAAAUACAAGUCAUUUUUUUAAAUAGUGCAUAAUGACGUGCGACGAAUACGAAUACUUAGAACGAUGUCUGGUAGACGUCUCAGGGUGCUCCGCUACACUUUCACGAACUCUCUUGAUAUUUUCCCGAGUACGAACACGGCCCGACCUUGACAGGUCUUUAACUUCACCUGUUUGUUCAAAUUUCCGCACCAACUCACGAAUGGUGUUGACACUGGGCACGUUAUUUUCGACCGAAAUCUUGUCGUAGCUUCCGAAUCGAUGCAACAUUAUUCAGGUAAAACAUUUUAAUACGGACGCGUUGUGCAAUCGUGUAGCGCUCCAUGAUGAAUUGGACACAUGUGCUUUAAACAACUACUACGACGCCACCUACUGAAAUGCCCGUAUGAAAAAUGAAUUCGAAUCAGUCGGUUAUAUAUUUGGCCACUCUGUAUGUGUAUAGGAGAAAUUGAGAUGUUAUUCUGGGACAUCCUGAAUGCAGGCCUGCAGAAUUGAGGUGAGACUGAUUAUUUUUUGUUUUAGUAGGUUGAAUAUCUAUCAUUUCAUUGAAUAUAGGAGAGGCAAGUAUUUAACAUUUCAUUAUCUAAGUUUGGACUUUUUGUGGUACCUACAGUAAUGGGCAAAAGUAUAUAGACGAAUUAAUAUUGUGCUGUAUUUCUUUUUUAACUUGUUUUAUUAAUACACCAACCUCUAUACAUAAUUCGUUAUAGUAUAAUACUCACUUAUACAUAAAUAAAUUCAUUAGACUCCCUUCAACAAAAAAUUAAUUGAAAAAAACUGGAACUAUGAAGGAUAUAUAGACAAAGCAAAACAAUUAUAGAAAAAAGAAGCAAAGUUCAUUGAAUUAUAGAAAACCAACCAUGUUUGUGUUAAUAUUUUGUAGCAUAAUCGUUAUUAUCAAUCGCCGCCUGGCAUCGUCUCGGCAUAGAUUGUAGAAGUUUCUUGAUAUAAGAUUCAUCAAUCUGUCUCUACUUUUGCUCUAAAGCGGCAAAAAGUUCAUCCUUGUUUGAAUAAUUUUUAUCUCGUACUUGCUUAUCUAAGUAUUACCAUAGAUUUUCAUUGGGGUUUAUAUCGGGAGACUGUGAAGGCCAUUUGAGAACUGGUAUUUUUUCAUCCAGAAAGAAUUUCUUUGCGAGAUUUGAAGUGUGCUUCGGGUCAUUAUCUUGCUGGAAGAUUGAUCCUAUGGGCAUAUUGUCUUCCAUAUAGGGUAACAUGACAUGCUUUAGUAUGUCUGUGUAUACAAACUUAUCCAUAAUGCCAUCUAUUCUAUGUAAAGGUCUCAUCCCAAACCCCGAAAAGCACCCCCAAAUCAUAACAGACACGCCCCCAUCUUUGACAGUGGGCAAAGUGACAUGCAAAUAAUUUCAAAUCAUUUAAUCUUCUACUUAUAGUUUUCGUAGAAACACUGACAAUUCAUUUUGUCUCGAUUUCGGCUUUUAUUUGUCAUGGGGUUUUAAACGGAUCUUUGGAUGAAAUUACUUUUAUUAAUCUAACUGAUCAGCAUUUAGUUUUCUAAGCCGACCACUUCUCUUAGAGGCUUCCAAGAUACCUUUUUGUUUAUAUUUGUUCAAUAUUGCCCAAACUGCAUUACGCUUCAAAUUUUUGGCAAUGUCGACUUGACGUUGACCAUCUUUGUAUAACUCAAUGAUAGUUUUCACAUCGAAAGAAAUUCCUGGACCACGCGGCAUGGUCUUAAAAUCACUCAACUUAUUGCACAAUACUUGAUGAACACAAACUAAUCCUCUUCUGACACGAAACUGUACUAAACUAAUGUUGAAAAGAAUUUGUCUACAUAUUUUUUUACCCCAUAAAAAGUGCUUAUAUUCAGACUUGUAUUGUGUUCAUUGCAGAUAAUGUAAAAACAAGGAAUUUAGUUUUUCUACUAAUAACGCAUUUGGUUUAUGGAGCAGUGAAGUAAGAAUUCGUUUUCUAAAGGUAUUUAGGUAAAUAUUCAUAUUUGUCUAUAUACUUUUGUCCAUUACUGUACAUUACCAAAAUUAUGUUUUAUUUCGAUCCGUUUAUUUUUCAAUUUAAAAAUUGCUCAUGAGGGUGAGGCUGUAUCUAGUUAUUAUUUAUUUUUAGUAAAAUAUGAUUAGAGGUUACAGUAAUUUGUAUGGAAUCAUUAAUAGGGUGAAAUGGAGAAUAAAAUCAUAACAUAGUGUGUAAAAGUAAUAUUUUUUCCAAAAAUAAAAUUACAGCAACCUAAUUUACACAGAAAAUAUAUCUCUAGAGUAUAAAUUUUAAAAUGAAUAUAUACAACUAUUAUCUACCAAAAAUAUACAAUCAAGUAGAAACAUUACAUCAUGGCAAAUCACAAAAAUUCAUUGUAAAGAGAAAAAAGUGAAAAAAUGGGUGAAUGUAACCGAGAAAAUUUAAUUUUCAACUAAGAAUAAUAAAAAUUUGAGCAACCAAAUUUAAUGUAAGCGCAAAAAAAUUAAAACAGCC